AUGGGACCGUCUCGAGCAUUGGCUGAGCCAGAAAAUGACUCUCAUUCCACUGCCCAAGAUGUCCCACGUCAAGAAAAGGCUUCUACUGUCGCAACAAAACUACCGAGAUCGAACACUCCCAAGACAAUAGAAAAUGGCCAAACGCAGCAAAUACCCAAAGAAUUCAUUGGACUCCGCACCGUUAUCAAUACAAGCAACCUUCCACCUCCUCCAACACCCAUCUUUGCAUCGGCCAGCACCCCUUCGACUCGCUACUCUGGAUCUCCCGGUAUGUGGAGUAGUCGAGGUUCUACUCCAACGUCUCUGUCGUCUUAUUCACCUGGUAUAACUCAGCCUGCGAAUUACAGAUUCAAGCAACAAAGUCCAAUUCAACUACGCCAGACAGCCGGACUCCGGAUGACAACAACCCCUGUAUCACAAAUAGACCCGGAUGAACCCACCAUGCUAGGUCCAAUAGCUACUGAUAAUUAUGCGAGAUCUGGAAAUGUUGAGAUUCCUCCAUUGCAAAAGACGAACGAGGCAAUGACCCCCACGACAACCGCAUCGCCCGAACAGCAACUGCAGAGCUCACGAAACAAUAGUUACGAUGGGCAGCAGCAGAAUAUUCAUACUCUACCGGCUUCGACAAACACUUUGUUAGCAUCUCCUGACAUGGGAAGCAAUGCUUCAAUCAGGCCUCGACGACCAAGCCGCGAUGGAACCGAUAAGUKGGAACAAGCCAUAUCUCCAGUGAUUCGGAGCAAUCUGCCUGCCUUGCGGACAAACGCCACUCACACACGUCGGAAGUCUGCAGACAAAGUGAACUCUCCGGAGCUACUGCGCGUGACUCCAGUCAAAUCAGCUGCGACUUCUGUAGAAUCUCUUCAAUCUAGCGUUUCGAGCCGUGUUCCCUCUCGCAAUGAUGCUACACAGAUUCCGCGGAAAGCUGCACGGACACUGGUCAAACCUCCAAAAGAGCCCAAAGCUCCUGCCAAUCAAACUUCAUCAAGCAAGUUCAGCCUGUUCAGCAAAAAAUCAAAAAUCGAUCUUUCUUCCCCCCAUUCAACUUCAGCAGAGAAGGCCUCUCGCAAGGGACCAGCAGCUGGAACAGGCCAUGAAGGCUAUGGCAGAUAUGCUCAUCGAGGACGCAAACCGAGCAUUAGCGGAAGCAGCAACGAUAGUAGAGCACGGUCUACAAGCACUAGCGGUGGCGCAUCAGUCGUAAGUAGCAAGGGAUCUAACCGUCAAGACGCAGGAAUUGAUGACUUUCUUCGCGAACGACUGGAACCAGUCAUCAUCAAUGGAGGUGGAAAGGAUCGCGGUGAGCUUAUCCGAACACAAAGCGGGCAAAGCUUGAGCACGUUGAGCGUCACAUCGACCUCUAUUUCUUCAGCACUCAAUGGCGGGCCUAUAAUGGGAGGGKACUCAUCUGAUUCUUUGGCUUCAAUGGUCGACCAAGGUAAACCGCCUGCUAGAAUGUUCAGUUCAGAUACCAGUCUUCCAUCUCAAGCUGGCAAGAAGCAUCCAGUCAAACCGAAAAUCACACGGAAUGAGUCUGCUCCUGCUCAAAUUUCGAGCCCUGACAGCAAAAGCAGCUUGUCAAUCACGCAAGUAAACUCCAGAGCAAGCGAGGAUUCGAACUUCUCUGCACUACCGCAAAUCAGUAAAGUCGCUUCCAAAUCAGAGAGCAUUGAUUCCACAAAAGCAUCGACAAAAAAACCUAGCCGGAGAUGGAAUUUCUUUCACAGGAGCCAGAAGAACGAAACAAAGCAGAAAGCUUCAGUAUCUGACAAGAGCACAGUGUUUGAAGCCCAGCUUCAUGCACAGGUUGCUACCAUUCCGAAGUUUCGACCUGUCGCUCAUUAUGCACUUCUUGACGCUGAUUCGGACUCCCUGGAAGAUAUAAUGCAUCGGGUGGAGGAAUCACCUCCAAGUGACGAUGAGGCCUUUUUGCAGCUCCAACAGGGUCCUAAAACUGAGCCGUCCUUGACUGCGCGCCACGGAACUAGUGUCCUUCUUCCAUCGCCUCCUGCUAUUUGGAAGGAGUUCAAUUCAGAGCGCUCGAGUCCGCCACGGAAUAGGCCAGCCAGUCUAAAAGUCUUCUUUCAAAAGGAGAAUGAGACCGAGGGCUCGGAGAAGGAGGUAAAGAGACGCAGCAGACUUGCACCAGUUGGUCGUAUACCACGUGUUGUUUCGAGAAGAGACCGAGAUCACAGGCCGCCUCCCCAGUCAUAUUCGCGACCCUUUAGUCGUGAUGAAGCGCCUUCUUUGACGAUCACUGCUAGUCCUCUAUCAAAUGUUCAGGAUGCCUUUGGCAGAUCGAAGCUCGAUGUCGCGACAGAUCCUCUUCAACGGGGACCAUUCUAUACGGUGCCUGGUGCCUCGGGACCCUUCAGCGCACCAGCAGUUGAAAAUGCCAGAUUUAUGUCAAGUGCAUAUGCGACCAAUGAGUUCUUACGAUUCUCUCCUCGAAAGCCAUCUGAAGUCUCUAGCUCUACAUCCGAAGGAGAUUCCAUCCUUGCGACUGUAGCUGCCAUGGGUCUCCAGCCCAAUGGUACGACGGAUGAAGAGGAAAUAUGGGCCGAAUACGAUGAUCUUGUGGAUACCAUGUUAGCACCAAACGAGGACACAGUGUCAAAGCCCAAGAUUUCAGAAUCAUUCGAACUGGCAAAAAAAGCGAGCAAGACUUUGCAAGCGGAGAUCAGUGCCUCGGAUGUCAAUCCACGAGGUUCCGCCGCCUCAGACACUCCCAGUCUUACUGCUGCGGAUGCUGCUUCACCUACCCGAUUGAGCGACGCCUCAGUACGUCUACGCCGUUCCCAGAUUGCCGCUGCCUUGCACACUUCCAUAGCUCCGUCGCCACAGGUUUCUUAUAGUGAGCUUAUUGCUGGCUAUUCCGAGCGCAACAAGAGCCUCUCUGAUUUCGUGCCACCGGACAGCCCUGCAAAGCCGUCGCAGGAAGAAAGCUCACCACAGCCCGAAGAUCUUCAGUCGCCCACGCCGACCAACACGCCCGACUUCGAGACGACCCGUCGGCGAAACACAAUGCUAUUUGACAUGGCCGAAAGAAUGCGAGAGGGAGCAGCGGCACAAACCAACCUCAGGUCUGCCUCUCUGAUGACUAGCAGGUGGCUUUCUUUUGGUCGCGUACUCUUCAGCCCAGCUCAUAACCGCAUUCAAAAAACUGACUCAGAGUGCAUCUUGAUUCUCGAUGGCUUGGGCAAUGACGACUGGUCCUAUUACUGCGCACUAACAUACCCUAAUGCCAACAUAUACAACCUGAGCAUACGUUCUGGUUCUUCUUCAUCCUCGCCUCAUCCCGAUGCAUGGAAGCCACCAACUAACCACCAUCUUGUUCAUCAUAUCAUCAAUGGCACUGCAUUUCCAUUCCCCAAAGGAUUUUUUUCGGCUUGUGUUCUCAGAUUUCCAGCUGCGUCUUCUGAGGACAGGCAAAGACAUAUUCUCUCUGAAUGUAAGAGGGUAUUGCGACCCGGCGGUUACCUAGAAAUGAGCAUCUUGGACUUGGACCUAGUGAACGUGGGUAGCAGGACACGCAAAGCGUUGAGAGGUCUCAAGGAGAAGAUUUACCUUGCGGAUCCAGACAUCAGUCUCAAGCCUGCAAGCGACAACAUUCAGCGACUGUUGGGAAUCUGUGGCUACGACAAUUUGAAUAGAUGUAUGGUCAGCAUUCCAGUAGCUGGUAUGAUUGGAGGUUCAACCGGCUCUUCAAACUCCAACAACACAUUGUCCGAUCUUCCCAGCGCAGGAACUGGUCUAUCAUCGCAACUCUCUUCCACGACGAAUUCGUCGCAACCUCAUGCGAGAACACCGUCAAAUGAGGCAGAACCUUCGCUCGGUGACUUGCUUUCAGAUCCAUCUCCUUCCGCCACAAAUGAUGAAUCGAUCACAAAGGUGGUCGCUAGAGUGGGACGAUGGUGGUACACGCGAUGCUACGAAAUCCCAGUCCUUUCUGACCCGACCACUGAUCAAAGCAUCUGGUCCGAACGGCGACUAUUACGUGAAUGCCAGAAGCGCAGCACCGGUUUCAGGUUACUUAUUGCUUACGCUCAAAAGCCGAGCGAGAAGCGGAGGACUGUCAGCCUAUGA